AUGGAACAAGAUUUCCGCCUGAACCAACCACAACAACUACAACAAGCACAACCACAACAACAACUACAACAACAACAAGCACAACUACAACAACAACUACAACAACAACAAGCACAAGCACAACAACAACAACAACAACAACAACAACUACAACAACAACAACAACAACAACUACAACAAGCACAACUACAACAACAACUACAACAACAACAAGCACAACUACAACAACAACAAGCACAAGCACAACUACAACAACAACUACAACUACAACAACUACGAUGUCGACCGGUUAGUAAUGCGCUACACUACUUUUUGACAGCGUAA